AUGGCAUCCCACGCGAUCGAGAUCUCGAAAGGUGCGGAAGGCCAUGACAAGAUCCACCAAAUCCUCUUCCAACUUGAGGAAGCCGUUGUUCAGCACGGGGCCAUCUCUGGGGCUCAGGCCAUCUCGCUCAGGCCUUCCCGAGACAAUGGGUGUCAUGAUCGCCAUGUUAGUGGCCAUCGAGUUGAGGACCCUGACCCUCAAGAUCAAGACGAUCAUCCUCAAGACGAUGACAUCGCCUACAUGGGAUCGAGAGCUUAUGGCACCUGCACCCGCAAUGUCAAGUUCCUGGAACGCUUUCGGCCCUAUGGUGUGGACAAGUACACUGACGAGGCCAGACCCAACAUCUGGCUCGCGAACUGUACUACACCACAUGCGUCAUUGUCGGGGGGCAACGAUUUGCAUGGCUGUGAGAUACCUUCCUCUUCAUCUGGUCGUGAUAAGAACGGCCAGAAUAGAAGAAGUCAAACGGUUGCAAACGCAGCCUAUGGGUCACAUGCAAGCAGGAAAAUAUCCAAACCUCGGCCGAUAGGAGGAGCAAACAGUACGUCGCCCAACGACAAACACCACCACCGGCGACAAAGCUGGAUGAACCAGAAGCUGCAAAGCGAAGAGACCAAAGGAGAAUUCCCUCAAGAAGACACGCCUAAAACUGAAGAUUUCAUGCAAAGGACAAAGGAUAAAAAGCAGAGAAUUAACCAGUUGCAGAAUUUACUUGGUAGGCUUGGUCCAGUUAGUUAUAGGAACUUUAUGAUGCUGCACGAUUACACGGCUAAUGGCCUAGACCAGUUAGUUAGGCUUGGUCCAGUAGUUAGGAUGCCAACCUGCACCCUGGACCUGGAGGCAUCCGGCGGCGAGAGUGUGAGGAACGUGCCACCAGGUCGGUGCAAGUAG